UUCAUAUACUGUAUACCAACUCAUGUUGUAGCUUCCCAGGACUAGCAUAUCUAAGUAAAAUAUUUUACUUUUGAUUAUUUCCUCCACAUAUAUACAUCUGAUAACAGGGCUCUUCCAUACAACUUAAGAAAAGAGAUGCAGACGGAAAUGGAGAUGAAAGAUUAUCCAUUGGAUUUCAGAUGCCCCAUAUCAAUGGAGUUAAUGACAGACCCUGUCACCAUCUGUACGGGCGUUACCUACGAACGGAAGAACAUCGAGAAAUGGUUCUUCAUUUACAAGAAGAAAACUUGUCCUGCUACCAUGCAAUCCAUCAACACUUUGGACAUCACACCCAAUCACACUCUCAACCGUCUCAUCCAAGCUUGGAUUAACAAACAACAAUCCCCACCAACUUCAUCCAUCCAUCAUCACGAUUUCAUCUCUUUACUCUCAACCCUCCAUUCUACUCCAUUCAAAGUAACUUCUCUAAAGAAACUCCGAUCAAUUCUCCAAACGGGUGACCAUACCAAAGCUGAAUUCAUCCGAUCUGGUGGUGUCCAAAUUGUUGUUCAAAUACUUGUACAGAUUCUUGUCGAAAACUCAGAUUUUGUUGCCUUUAGAGCCAGUGAGGAAGCUUUAGGUGUUCUGCAUCAACUCCCCUUACCGGAAGUGGAACACGAGAAAGUCUUGGAGAUUUUGACCAACCGGGAAUCCCUGAUGUCCAUGGUAAUCAUUCUUCAAAGUGGAAGCGCUGAAGCCAGACUUUACGCUAUUACUAUAUUUCAAAAGAUAGCCAAAACUGAUUUUAACUGGAAUUCCAUGAUAGAAGAUCAAGGUAUUGAUUUCUUCAAAUCAUUGUUAGAACUAGUAUCGGAUGAGAUAUGCAGCAAGGCUAGCUCAUGUGCGUUAGAUGUUCUCAUUGAGAUAUUAAGUUCGUCAAAGAAGAGUCGAUUAAGGGCCAUCGAAGUGGGGGCAGUUUCUGUCCUCAUCGAGCUCUUACCAGAGUCAAGCGGAUCUAAGUGCGAGAAAGUAAUGGUUUUGAUAAAAUUAAUGUGUGAAAGUGCUGAGGGAAGAAUGUGUUUUGUGGGGCAUAAAAUGGGGAUUCCAGCAGUGUCAAAAAAAUUAUUGCAUGUAUCGAAUACAACAACUAAGAUGGGGGUGAAGAUACUGUGGUUGAUUAGUAGUUUUCAGCAAAGUGAAAGGGUUUUGGAGGAAAUGUUGAUAUAUGGAUCGGUGAAGAAGUUAGUGGCUUUGCUGCAUAUGGAGGGUAGAUCCUCAACCAAGGAGAAGGUGAUCAAGAUGUUGAAGUUGCAUGCAAAUUCUUGGAGGCGAUACCCUUGUUUCCCUUGUGAUUUGAAGGAGUAUUUGGGUUUACUACUUUCUUCCUAAUUAUUAUUUGUAAUUCAGAUCAUAUCACUACU